CGUAAGCGGAAGUUAUCAUACGCAUACAUCAAUGACUGUAAUUGUACAAAAAAAUCAUGAAUUGAACCAAAAGGGCACUAAGGAAGCAUGUGAAAUUAUACUGCUUGCACUAUCUGAUAUUGGAUGUUCAGAUCCCACAGAAAAAAAUAGAGUACUUUAUUGAUAAGUGAUGCGGCAAAAUGAUUUUUCUCCUAAUGCUGAUUAUUGUAACGACGAAUGGAUUUGACUUAAAAUGUCCGGCAAAAGCAGAUUGGAGAUUGCGAGCAAUUGUUUCAUGUUAUUCAGAGGACAAAUAUGUAUGUUUGUUGAACCUACUGGAAGAUAAAUAUAUGGAAAAUUGUUCACGUACAGAUCAAAGUAGCAUAGGAAGUAAGCUAGUGUUCCAACCCUUGUUUAACCUAGCAGUGUGUGAUGUCGCAAGAUAUCAACCCAUUGUGUUUACCACUCAUGGAAACAGUGAAUGUAUCUACAGCAAAUCAAAGUGUGCUGAUGACGGACAGUUAGUAUUCAGUAAUGAUUCUUCUAGCAGAGAUGUUACAUGUCGAUGUGACUAUACAAAGGGGUAUACGUUUGUUACAAAACCAAAGAACAGUUGUUUUUGUAACCCAUCUCAGGAAGAUUGCUCGUGUUUUAGAGUAAUGUGUACAAAACUGUCCGCAGAUUAA